AUGAUAGGAUACUUGCGAAGCCGAUGGAGAGGAAAAGGGGAAAAGGCCCCCGGGAAUUGCGGAGAGGGAGAAUUGGCGCGAAAAAACGGAAGCGCGACGGUAGUGGUAGACAUUCUCUCCCCGUCCGCCGACGGCGGCGAGCACAGCCCCCGGUCGGUCGGAAGCGGCAGAAAGAGUCUGCUUGCGCCCGCCGCGGGGAGAGGCGGAGCGGAAACUGAGCCGCUGAUUCCCUGGCGGAGGCGGUACCGGCGGAACAACCGUUACAUUCGCCACCGGCGCGGGGAGGGCCCGGAUGGAUCCACGUGGCAGUACGUGGGCGACGUGUUUAGCGUGCAGCGGUAUCUGCGGAUGAGUAUGAUGUGGCGCCACGUGUGCAUAGCGAUGUGGGUGCUGGUGACUUUAGCGGCUGCUACGGCCGUGUUCAGCGCGACGUAUAAGAGCUUUCAAGACGAGCGCCAGGUGGCGCUGGUGGUGGAGUGCGAGGCGUACAAGAAGCUGCUGCAGGACCACUUCACCGACACCUCCAACCAGAUUCGGCUGCUUGCCAAUCUGAUGACCACGUUUCACUACAACAAGCCUCCGGGCACCCUCGACAGGGCCACGUUCAUGGGGUUUCUCAACGAUACGCAGUACGCGCGUCCGCGUUUGAGGGACGUCUCGUUUGCCGCUAGUGUGCCGCAGGCAGAGAGGGGGGCGUAUGAGAGGGCGCAGGGGGGCGGCUUCUGCAUCAAGCACGACAUGGCAUGUGCGGGGCAGCAGUCGGACUACGCACCCAUCCUCUACACCACGUCCUCUCUUUCACUCAUUGGACAGGACAUGCUCUGGGACGCGUUCCCAGCCAACAGGGAGGCAGUGAUUAGAGCGCGGGACCAGGGAAUUAUGGGAGCACUCACCCCGCCGCUGCAGAUGGCAGUCGACUCGCUGGGUGGCAUCAACGUCGGCAGCAGCAGCAGCACGGGCGCGUCUGGCAGCACUGUAGCAUCGGAAUCAAGCGGUAACCGGGACCUAAACACCGUCAUGUUACGCGUGUACCCGGUGUAUGAGGAGCGCACACCCCCGGAUGCAGGGGCGGGUGUGGCUGAGUUCCGAUCCAAGUGCCGAGGGUUCAUGUCGGCUGCGAUUGAUUUUGAGCCGUUGAUCAAGUCGCUGCACCGGGAGCACAUGCCGAUGUUUGUGAGAGUGUACGAUGUGACCAAUGGGAGCAGCGAGGCUCAAACCGGGUAUUAUAACGGGGCCAACACUGCUGCCCGGGGGAACGGCAGCAGCGGCAACGGCAGUAGCAGCGGCAGCACCAGCGGCACCACCAGCAGCAUGACUUCAGCUAGUGGUGGCAGCAACACCACGGCGGUUCAAAGAACCGACGGCGGCAGCAGCAGCAGCAGCAACAGCAGCAGCGAUAGUGGGGGCAGCGGGCAGAUGGUUGGGUUUGGCGAGACGGUGGCAGUGCCGGGGGAGGUCUUGGGGCGUGGCAGUGUGGAGCGGCUGAUGUAUGAACCUCGAGACCACCGGCUGGCAAAGGGGCAGAGCGAUAAAUACAACUACGUCACCACCAUGGACCUGGGUGACCCGUACCGGCUGUACGAGAUCAGAUGCAGAUACCUAGACUACUACGUCUUCCCCUACUCCUCUUUAGGCUGGGCGCUCGUUAUAAUCACAGUCAUGUCCCUACUGGGGUACGUGUGGUGGGUGGCGAGCUCGCACGUGCACCAAUUGGAGCACGACUUCCACCGCAUGGAGCUGCUAAAGGACAAAAUGAAGGCCGCCCGCAACGUGGCUGAGCGCGCCAGCAAGGCCAAGGGGACGUUCCUGGCCACCAUGUCCCACGAGCUGCGCACGCCCAUGAACGGCGUCAUAGGCAUGCUGAACCUGCUGCUGGAGACGCCCCUCACGAUCACCCAGCUGGAUUAUGUCGAGACAGCUCGCACCAGCGGGCGGGCGCUGCUGGAGCUGAUCAACGACAUCCUCGACCUCUCCAAGAUUGAGGCGCAGAAGAUGCAGCUGGAGCGGGUCCCCAUGGACGUGCGGGGCGAGGUGGACACGGUGCUCACAAUGUUCAUCGAGCGCUUCCGAGACAAGCCGCUGCUGCAGGUGGCUGCAUACGUCGACCCGCUCGUGCCGGCUGCUGUACUGGGCGACUCUCUGCGAUUGCGCCAGGUGCUCAUCAACCUGCUGUCCAACGCCUGCAAGUUCACCGAACGUGGACACAUCUUCAUCGCCAUCCGAACAGCAGAGCCAGACGAGGAUCUGCGCAAGGCAGCCCGCAAGCACCACCACCACCACCACCACCGCUCCCUCCGCUCACAUGCCCCUGCCAUGAUACCCAAUCAGCCAUCCGCCACUGCCACGACAGCUGAUAAGCCUUCUGGCUCUGCAGUGAUAGGCGAUAAGCCGUUGGCCUCUGCCAUGGCAGGUGAUAAGGCGUCUGUUGCAGCAGCCGAGGCAAAGGCUGGUGAGAAUCGAAGAGUUAUCGGCAGCACUGGUGCUGCUAGCAACAUUGCAGUCGCUGCCGCCGCCGCUGCUGGUAGUGGCGGUGGUGGCGGUUAUGCGGGUAAGGAGGAUGGGGGAAAGGAGGGCGAGGAGGAGAGCCCUUCCAAGGAUGUUUCCUUCCGGCCCGAACGACAGUCGUCUCGCUUGAGUGCGCUCAUGCUCGCUGCUGCUGCUCCUGAUGGCGAUGCUGCCACUGAUGCUGCUAAUGCUGCCGCUGGUACUGCUGGUGCUGCUGGUGCUGCCACUAUUCCUGUUGGUGCGACCAGUGCUGCCACUGCAACCACCACGUCUCACAGCAACAACAUCACCAGCAGCUCCUCGCCUUUCCCGCCGUCGCCCCGUGUCCCCCCACCCGCUGAAAGGCCUGUCGGCGCCACCGGCCGACCCAGCAUCACAGGCAGGCGAUGCAGCACCAGCAGCUUUGGCAGGGGCAGCGGCGUGAACGGCACGGCGCCUGAUAGGCUGACUCUGAGCGGACGAGAAGCGGUGGACAGCUGCAACAGCUGGGUUGUGCUGGGCGCGCGGCGAGACAAGUGGCGCAAGGAGGGGAUGGGACGGGCGGAGAAGAGGGAGGGGAAGAGGGGUGGGGGGAUGGAAGGGGAGGGAGGCGAGGAAGGGGAGGGUGGUGGAAAGGGCAGAGGAGGAGGAGGAGGAGGAGGAGGAGGAGGAGGAGGAGGAGGAGGAGGAGGAGGAGGAGGAGGAGGAGGAGGAGGAGGAGGAGGAGGAGGAGGAGGAGGAGGAGGAGGAGGAGGAGGAGGAGAGGAGGAGGAGGAGGAGGAGGAGGAGGAGGAGGAGGAGGAGGAGGAGGAGGAGGAGGAGGAGGAGGAGGAGGAGGAGGAGGAGGAGGAGGAGGAGGAGGAGGAGGAGGAGGAGGAGGAGGAGGAGGAGGAGGAGGAGGAGGAGGAGGAGGAGGAGGAGGAGGAGGAGGAGGAGGAGGAGGAGGAGGAGGAGGAGGAGGAGGAGGAGGAGGAGGAGGAGGAGGAGGAGGAGGAGGAGGAGGAGGAGGAGGAGGAGGAGGAGGAGGAGGAGGAGGAGGAGGAGGAGGAGGAGGAGGAGGAGGAGGAGGAGGAGGAGGAGGAGGAGGAGGAGGAGGAGGAGGAGGAGGAGGAGGAGGAGGAGGAGGAGGAGGAGGAGGAGGAGGAGGAGGAGGAGGAGGAGGAGGAGGAGGAGGAGGAGGAGGAGGAGGAGGAGGAGGAGGAGGAGGAGGAGGAGGAGGAGGAGGAGGAGGAGGAGGAGGAGGAGGAGGAGGCAGACACGGGCGAGGGCAUCCCCUACCCUGCACAGCGCACCAUCUUAAAGCCCUUCAUGCAGGCAGACGCCUCAACAACACGCACGCACGGCGGCACGGGCAUCGGGCUGUCCAUCUCGCGCCACCUCGUGGACCUCAUGGGCGGCAAGCUCUCCUUCACGUCGCGCCCGGGCGUUGGUACCACCUUCUUCUUUGACGUCCUCAUGCCCUGUGAUAGCCGCGAUGGUGAGCCCGUUGCUGCUGCUGCUGCUGCUGCUGCUGCUGCUGCUGCUGCUGCUCGUUCUGCUGGUGUUGCAAGUCCUGCAGAAGCAGAAGCAGGAGCGGGAUCAGGAUCAGGGGCUGCAGCACCAGCAAGAACAGCUUCGUUGGUGGGACCAGCAGAUUCUGUGAUUGUAGAGAUAAGAGAUUCAAAGCACAGUGUUGCGUUGAAGGACGAUGAUGGGUGCAGCUUCCCCCUCCUCGCCGGACCAACUCCAGGUUCGGAAUCGCCGCUGCUGCCAUGGGUCAUUCCAGCUUUGGCACAAGCAGCAACAGCAUCACCAGUAACGAAAUCUCCUUCACUUCCACCACCAGCGCUUACAGCACUAUCCCCUUCAAGGUCAUCCCCAUUAAGAGCAUCCCCACUAAGAGCAUCUCCACCACACGUGCUGCCAGCCUCGCCGCUACACAUUCUCCAGCAGACCGAAGCGAGCUUAUCGCAAUUCUCCGCCAUUCUCCUCGACGACCGCACCGUGAGGUUCGGUGUGAUGGAGAGCCUGCUCAACAGGCUCGGCAUCCCGGUGCUGAACACCCCCGAAGCUGCUGCCGAACCUGUGGUGCACAUCCCGGACCACAAUUCCCUCGUCACUGCUCCAGGUGCGGUGGGCGCAGGGGUUGGCAAGCGGCUGGUGAUUGUGUUGGUCGAUGAGGAGUGGCUGGGGCGGCACAACAAGGCAGUGCUUCAACAGAAGAAAAAGCAGGGCGAGGGGCAGGCACAACAGGGACAGGAGAGACAGGAGGGACAGGGAACAGUACCUGAAGAGGAGGUGCAGGAAGGGCAGGAAGGGGAGAAGGAUAGGGCACGGAAGGAGGGCGAGAGGUGUAUCAGCAGCAGCAGCUGCACAUGGCAAUGGCUUGCAGUGAGUGCCAUGGCCGAAGCAGGCUACGAGGUCUGGCCAAGCCUGCUUAACCAGACAUGCUUUGCUGAAGCACCUGGUAACCAAUGUGGUGGUAACCAGACAAAUGGUGGCAGCAUGGGUAGCAGUCCUGAGAUUAGCCAAUCCAGCGGCAACAGUGAGACUUGCAAUAGCAAGGAUGGUGAUGCUAGGCUAGUUGGAGACAAAUGUCACACGUGCCGCCUCCCUCGCAUGGGCAGAGGCAGCUUCUGUAGCACCACCAGCAGCACCAGCAGUGGCAGCAGUAUUGGAGCAGGCACAGAGGCCACUGCCCGCACCAGUGCCAGUCGCAGCAGUUUCUGCAGCAGCAGCGGCAACAGCAACGGCAGCAGUAGUGAGAGCAGCGGCGGCAGCAGUAGUGAGAGCAGCGGCGGCAGCAACCCAGCGUGUGGCUUCUGCUGCUGUGGGAGCAGCGGGCAAGGCAUGAUGGAUGGAAGCGGUAGCAUGGAUGAUUGGCCUUGGUUUGCUGCUGUGCUGCUGGCCUCAGGGCAUGAGGGCAACAAGAGGGAGGCCACAGCAGCAGCAGCAGCAGCAGCAGCAUCUAAGGCUUUUGAUGUGACUAUAUCGAAGCCCGUGAGGCAGACUGCUCUCUCUACAAACCUGUCUCUGUUGCUUCUAGGGGAGGAUGGGCCGCUAGGGACAGAGGAUGGGGCUGAGGAGGAGGAAGAGGAGCGAGAAAGGGUGGUGAGGAGGGACGAGGAGGGGGGCGAUGAUGGUGAUGAUGAGAGGGAGUAUGAGGAGGAGGAUGAGGAGGAGGAAGAAGGGGACGAAGAGAAGUGUAAAACAGGGAAAAGGGAAGAAGGAAGGGAGGGAGGCAGAGGCACAGGGGUGCGAACAGGAGGUGAAGGUCAGGAGCAGCAACAUCAACCACAGCAACAGCAGCGGCUGCAGAAGCAGCAGCAGCAGCAGCAAUGCUCGAUGCCAAAAAGCGCAUCCGAUCAGAGCUCGCCAGGUCCCGUGGUGCGAUGGCUGCUACCUGCUGAUGACGACGAUGACGAUUCAGAUAGAGUUUCUCACAGCGGCCCGCUGUCACGUUCUCACGGGGAUAAGGGGAUUCAUUGGCCUGGAACCACCACACGAAGCACCAGCACUGGCAAGAGCAGCGGCAAGAGUCCUCAAAGAGCGGGCAUCCUCAAGUCUAGAAGCACGGAUUUGAAAACGGAUGAAGCUUCUGUUGCCCUGGCUGCUCCUCCUGCUGCUGUCCCUGCUGCUUCUGCUGCUGCUUCUACCCCUGCUGCUUCUGCUGUCCCUGCUGCCGCUGCUGCUACUGCCCAGACUGGUGAUGGUCUUGACACUGGGUUCGGGCGGCAGACCAGGCGUGUGAGAAUGAGUCUAGACGAGGUGGGGUCAGCUCGGUCAACGCAGUCAACGGGGUCAACCACAAGGUCGAAAGCGCGCAGAUCCACUGGCUCCAUGCACGAAGGGGAUGUGCCGACCAUUGCCGCCCGCCGUAACACCCGUGCCGCCCAGGCGGCUACUGGGAGCCCUUCCGCCCUGCCGCCGGCUCUGCCGGCGGGUGCGUCGAUGCGCAAGGAAAGUGAUGGAGCGAGGCUGCUGUGCCAGGCACUCAAGGGAAAGAAAAUUCUCGUGGUGGACGACAACAUGGUGAACCGCAAGGUGAUGGCACGCAUGCUGCAGCGGUACGGCGUGGAGGUGGAGACGGUGGAUGGCGGCGCCAAGGCUGUCAAGGCCGUGCAGCAGGCGACCACCAGAUUUGAUUGCGUCUUCAUGGACGUGCAGAUGCCGGAGAUGGACGGGCUUGAAGCCACGGGCCUCAUCCGCAAGUAUGAAGCUGAUGUGAAUGGUGGAAACAAUAUAAAAGGCCGGGGAGCAGACCGGCUAUUAGUGAUUGCACUAACAGCUGAUGUGGGUGCUGGCACGAGGGAGAAGUGCUUGAAGCAUGGGAUGGAUGGGUACAUGACCAAACCUAUAGAGGAAGAGCAACUCUACGGCGCCACAAAUAACAGCAACUCAGCCGCUCCAGCCGACCCUCCACCCACCGAAGCCCUUCCCCCCUCAGCAGCAGCAGCAGCAGCAGCAGCCAAAGGACCUUCCCAGCCGGAGCCCCGGCUGACGCACGAGCAGUACUCAGGUCUGGCGGAAGGCGCGGAUAUGGACAAGGUGGUGGCAGCGCGGGUGAGGGACACGGAGGGCAUGCUGGAAGCGCUGCGCAGUGCGGCGGGCAGCAGCUUUGAGGACAUGGCGCUGCACCGCGAGGAGUCCCGCGCCCACCCCGAGGCGUUCGGGCAGCGCGACUGGCGAGGACCAGCAGGGCAGGUGCGUGAGUGGAAGCACAGCAGUGCGGCGGGCAGCAGCUUUGAGGACGUGGCUCUGCACCGCGAGGACUCCCGCGCCCACCCCGAGGCGUUCGGGCAGCGCGACUGGCGGGGGGUGUUCAUACCUCCAUCUUCCCCUCCCCCCUCACCUCCCCUAGACAAUCCUCCCCUUCUUCAUACCUUCUCCUCCCUCGCCCUGCGUGCAGCUGAAGGAGCAGAGCAAGAGCCACAGGGUGAUGUACCGCCAGGGGCGGAGGGGGUGUUCAUACCUCCAUCUUCCCCUCCCCCCUCACCUCCCCUAGACAAUCCUCCCCUUCUUCAUACCUUCUCCUCCCUCGCCCUGCUUGCAGCUGAAGGAGCAGAGCAAGAGCCACAGGGUGAUGUACCGUCCAGGGCCAGAGGGAACGGCCUUUCACGAGCUCUGCUUGGAAGGCGUGCUCAAGGGCUCCCUCGACACUGGUGGCCGCAGUUUUCGGUGCCGCCAUUUCACAUGCUGGAGUCCAAGUUUGUCAAGAGAGUGGCGCCGGGAUACGAGCUUGUACACCUCCGUUUCAAGGUGCCGUGGCCAUUCGCCACGCGUGAAAUCCUCUACGUGCUCUUCUCCGUUCACGACGCUGCUACAGGCUUCAUCGCCACCUCCCUCAUCUCUUAUCCAGAUGACCCAGCUACCUUUGACCCUGACUCAUAUGGUUUCUCCAAUGACGGUGUGCCACGUGUGCGCUCUGGAGAGGUCCGCAUGAGUGUGAAGGGGGGCUUCGCAUCCAAGGACCUUGGCAACGGCCACUGCUACUUCCGCGGCGUGGCAACGAUUGACAUGAAGCUGAACCUCAUUCCACCGUGGGCCAUCAACUUUGUGUCGCGACAGCUGGCGGGGUCUGGUUACCACCUGCUCUACAGUGAGGUAGAGAGUGUGGCGGACGGCAGCAACAAGGAGGCGGACAAGUUCCGCGCGCUGCUGCGCUCAGACCCCUUCUACUACUCCGUGGGCCGCGCCAUGCGCUCCCACGCAGCCGCAGCAGCAGCGCAGGGCGAGCGGGCGAAGCAGGAGCGGGAGCAGCUGCAGCAGCAGGGCGAGGCGGAGUCGUUCCGACAGAUUGGGGAGCGAGUGGAGAAGCAUGUGGAGAGGCUCAUUGCGAUCACGUCUGGGAGUGGGAGUGAGGUUCCUGGUGGUGCUGGUGGUGCUGGUGCUGCUGCUGCUGCUGCUGGUGGUGGUGGAGGUGAUUCGGGAGUCAUGAAUGCAGCUGAAGCAUUAGCAGAGGAAGCUGCUGCGCAGGUGCCGGCUACAGCAGGGACGCCCAAGGCUGCCUCCCCUGCGUUAGUGGCGAGACCGCCACGCCCUCCCUCGCCCAGGAGGCUUGUGGCCCCUGCACAACCCGCUACUGCAAAGGCAGCAGCAGCAGGCACUUCACCAGCAGCUCAAGGCCUGCAGUAUGGGCAGUUAAAGCAGAGGGACCCAGCAAUAUACCAUGCGGUUACCACCCUGGAUAGAGCCAUCUCGUUUAUGAGAGCCAGAGCAGCAGCUCAGCGCCAGGCAGCCCCUGCUGCUGCAGGCAGUGGUGCUGCUGGGCUCCCAGGCCUGGUACCGCCGAAGCAAGAGGUUUGGAGCUACAGUGGCGAGCUUCGGCCUGUACCUAGGCAGGGUGAAAGUGGAGGGGAUGGGGGUGCUGGGGAGACUGGUGGGAGUUGGGAAGGGGGAACUGAGAGGGUGUGGAUGCUGACUAGGACAAUAUCGGCAGGUCCUGCGGAUCACGGGAGGGGUGAGGGGCUUGGCGCAGUAUCUGACGAGGCACUACAAGCAGCCAAUUACAGUCAAGCCAGGAGAAGCGGACACAUCGUUCUCCGUGACGGGUAUCCUCAUGCCAACACAUCCACUGACGAGUCCCCCGUGAAGCAGUACUACCUGUGUGCAUGCACAAUGGUUCUUGACAGCGCUAAAUUCAUGGGGGAGUGGCUCCUGUACCAUGGAUUUUUCGGUGUGGAGCAUUUCUUUGUGUAUGACAAUGGCAGUGAAGAUGGGCUUCAAGAAUCCGUGGAAGAAGCUCAGGAGACUGGUCGUGCAAGAGGUUUUGAGUUCUCAACCACAAUUCGCAGCUGGCCCUGGCUCAAGUCUCAGGAGGGCGGUUUUUCUCAUUGUGCUCUUCAAGCCAAGAAGCUCUGCACGUGGGUCAUGUUCGUAGAUGUGGACGAGUUCGUCUUUCCAGCACGGAUGUUGAAGAAAAUUGAGUCACGGAAGCUCUUCACAGCUGGAAACCAGUAUGCUUCUCUUCUCCGCAAGUUCGUGAAAGCCUCGUCCGCGGAGGCUCACCGCGUAGCAUCACCGCGAAUGGCGCUGCUAGAGGGCGUGAUCGCAUUCGACAAGUCCGUCGCGUCGUUUCCGUGGACCAGCCGCGAAGCAGUCACCGAUCUUUUCCGCGCGCAGCUGAGCGGACAGUCCGCGGAUGCGCAGCUGAAUGGAUCAUCCGCGGUGGAGGCGCAGUUGAGCAGACAACCCGCGGAUGGCGUCGUAUCGUCCGGCGCAACCGAGACGACAGAAAGCCUGGAACGUAGCGGAAGUGAACGCGACAAGAGCAACGGCACUACUAUUGACAGCCCGAAAGAUAUGAACGGAGGUCAAGUCAAGGACGGCAUCGGUAAAGUCGGAAGCAAUGGUGGCAUGGCGGGCGAUAGUGAAGCGGUGGUGGAGUAUUGGAGCGCGCAGAUGGCGGGGCUGCUGGAGGAUCUGCGCUCCGUGCGGAUUGGCGGCGCUGCGGAGAAAACUGGCGGCGCUAAAGACACAGCUGCGGGCCAUGGAGCCAAGGACAUGCGAUGGAAGCCGUGCGAGCAAGCAACAGAGUACCGCACGCUGCACCGCCCGGGGCCCAACGGCACGGCGGUCCACACGACGUGCAUCGAGGGUGUUGUGCAUGCUCCGGCGGAUGCUGCCCUCGCCAUGUCCUGCGACGCUCCCUUCUUCAAGGAGUGGUGGCCGAACAUCAACAUGCCGUCGCACCGCUGUGAGGAGUCGAGGUAUAUCAAGCGCGUGGGGGAGAACUUCCACCUCUCCUUCAUGCGGUUCAAGGUGCCAUGGCCGCUACCCCCGCAGGAGUUUGCGCUCAUCUUUGUGACGGUCUACGAUGCCGCUUCGGGCAUGACCGUCACCGUGCUGCGAACGCUGCCUGAGAACCCCGCCACUGCGGAUUUCACCAACCACGGGUACAGCCGGGAGGACGCCCCUGCGCCCCUGCCUGGACACAUGCGCAUGGGCAUCAGCGGGGGGUAUGCUGUGAAGGACAUGGGCGAGGGGCGAGCGCACAUGAGGUGCAUAUUCACGCUGGACCUCAAAUUCCCUCCUGCGCUCGUCAACUUUAUUAUCCAGCAGUGUGGUGGAAUCUUGUACCAGUGGUUUACAGAGGAGCUGGCGCGGAUAUACGACGACCCCUCCAGCACCAAAGGGAAGGCGUUCCGCCAGGCUCUCCACGACGAGCCCCUUUACAAUCACGUCCGGGCAGCCAUGGAGAAAUACCGGGCUGCCCGGGCAGCUGAACAGCAGCAACUGGAGGCCGAGCAGCAGCGGAAGCACCAGGAACUGGUGGGCGGUCAGCAAAACGGGCAGGCAGCUGGGGAAAGGAUCCUUCUAGCCAGCAAAGAAGACGAGGAGAAUUCGUUCAGAGAGUUAGGGGCAAAGGUAGAGGCGAAAAUCGAGUCUCUUGUGGCAUAUGUGUCUAGAAGAGCGAGCAGCAAUGGCAGCAUUGAUGGGGAUGGGGUGGAGAUAGUUGAGGGUGGGGAAUGGGGGUGUGUGGAGGUAAGACCAGGGGGAAAGGACAUGGGGGUUGGGGAGGUGAAGGCAAGUGAUAAUAUGGAGGGACUGCAGAUGGAUGGAGGAAGUCAAAAGGGUGGUCUUGAGACGGGGCCGGUAGUCACCCUAUAG